AUGGGAAUUGCAUCGUCAAUGGAAACCACCAAAGUGGUCUUUUUAGAAAUCAACCAACAGAUCAACAAGAUUUCGUUCAGCAAACAUAGCUGUUCUCGAGACAUCCAUGAAUUAAUUGCUAACAUUGCAGAUGUAAGCAAAUAUUCCAUUAUCACAUUGACAGACAAGCAUGACGUCCAUGUACCAGUAACGCCCGCAAUGCCCGUAAAUACGGAGAGGAGUCCUUAUGUUGUUACUGUCAAGAUGCCUUGCCGCCGUGAAUCGAAACAGAAUGAAAAGAAAGCAGUCCAAGCCGCAAUUAACCAAGUCACAGAACAACUCAACCGGACGUUCAAAGUAGACGAAUUCAAGAAAGAGUUAAGUGAUCGCUUACACCAAGUUGAGCGUCGCUUAGAAGUAGAAGGGCUCAGAAUCGUAGAAAUAGAAAAAUGUAAGCAGGACAUUACGUCAAUAAAAGACCAAAUUUGGGCGUCCCACAAAAACUAUCCAGACAACUGUAUGAGUGACGAUAAAAAGAUCACCCUGAAAAGAGAUGUCCCGUCGUAUCCAAAGUACACCUUGUCACAGGAAACGAUUGAUUAUUUGAAGAAACCAACGUUUGAUAGCUGGCACUGGGAACCCAAUGAAAUGCUUAGUUUGUUGGAACACAUGUACCAUGAACUUGGUUUGGUCCAUGAAUUCAACACCAACCCUGUAACCCUUAAACGUUGGUUGCUGUGUGUUCAGGAAAAUUACCGCAACAACCCAUUUCAUAAUUUCCGUCAUUGUUUCUGCGUGACGCAAAUGAUGUACGGAAUGAUUCAUCUUUGCAAAUUAUGGGAGUUCGUCACACGAGAAGAUUUGGGAAUACUGAUGACUGCCGCAGUGUGUCACGAUUUAGAUCAUCCAGGGUAUAACAACACGUACCAAAUCAAUGCUAGAACCGAUCUUGCGAUUAGAUAUAAUGACAUAUCGCCUUUAGAGAACCACCAUUGUGCAGUGGCCACUCAAAUACUUUCAAAUGCCGAAUGCAACAUUUUCUCAAAUGUUGACAAAGACAGAUUUAAAAGAAUUCGAUCUGGAAUCACUAUGCUGAUUUUAGCCACUGACAUGGCUAGACAUGCUGAAAUUAUGGAUAGUUUUAAAAAUAAUUUUAAUAAAGGAUUUGAAUUCAGGGACAAGGAACACCUUGACACGUUAAAAAUGGUUCUGAUCAAAUGUUGUGAUAUUUCAAAUGAAGUUCGACCAAUGGAAGUGUCUGAACCAUGGGUCGAUUGUCUGUUAGAGGAAUACUUCAACCAAUCAGAUCGAGAGAAGAGUGAAGGCUUACCAGUUGCACCGUUUAUGGAUCGAGAAAAGGUGACCAAACCAUCAGCACAGAUUGGUUUCAUCAAAUUUGUUCUCAUACCCAUGUUUGAAACGGCUGCCAAAUUAUUCAAUCAAAUUGAAGAGGUGAUGGUCAAACCACUACAAGAAGCUAAAGAUCGUUAUGAAGAUAUGAAAACAAGAGGUGAAAAAGCUUCAACUUCUUCCUGAAAGCUACCGAUUAGACUGACCGCCAGUCCAUAGGCAAACAGGAUGAUAUUAAAAGAGUUCACUGCAAUAGCGAAACUUUGGUUUACGAAGAGGUUGUAAUACAAUGGUGUCGAUGCUAAUUAAUAUUCGCAUCAUCAUAUCAGGGCAGCAUUAACUAAUUCUUUUAGAUAAAUUUUACUUUGUUUUGUCUGAGUGUUAUUUUAUAUAAUAUGUGUAUAUUACCUUACUUAAAUGAAUGUUGCACUUAAUCUUACUGAAAAAAUUGAUAGCUUUGAAACUGUCGGCGAUUGGAUGCUCUCUGAUUAGUUUAGGACGAAAAAAAUUGUAUUUAAACAUAGUUUUUUCUAGCUCCGGUGAAAACAAUUUCCAGAAAAUCCAUGGAUAAAGAAGUAAAAAAAAAUACUUCAAUACUGUUUGCGAAUAAUAAUUACCCCUUCCCAAAAAUAUGCUUAUGUUAAGCCUUAUGACUUUAAAAUUGAAAACAGUAGGUGGUUAGAUAAGUGGAAUCAUUGAAUGUUUUAACUGUAUUUUUGUGUAAUUUUUUGUCAGAGAUUAUAAAUUCAAUUAAGAUUUAUUAUAUUUCAUUACUCAUUUCCUUUUCUUUAUCACUAAGUUACAUGUUCCAGCGAAAUAACGUACGUACUACGUUGUUUAAAAGUAUUUCUUCAUCAUUAAUUUUAUAAUAAAACUGGUCAAAAUG